AAAGACAUCUUAUCUAAUAUCUAUCACCUAUCGAGUGGGUAAGAAGAAACAGAAAACAGAAAUGGCGAAUUCACUAUGCUUCUUCUCUUCACCUCCUACCUUUUGCCUCCAGUCUUCCAACAAAGCCACUAAACCAACUCACUUCUUCCCACUCGGUGAUAAGAAGUCGUCGUUGGCUCAGAAAGGAGAAGUGUUUCAGACUUCCAAAUCCAAAACCUUCGAAAUUCAGGCCACAGACGGUACUCAGACGACUAAAACGAACAGCAUAGUUUGUCAAAAAUGUGAAGGGAAUGGUGCUGUGGCAUGUUCUCAAUGCAAAGGAGGUGGUGUGAAUUUGAUUGAUCAUUUUAAUGGGCAGUUUAAAGCUGGUGGCCUCUGUUGGCUUUGCAGAGGUAAAAAGGAGGUUCUCUGUGGGGACUGCAAUGGAGCUGGUUUCCUUGGUGGUUUCUUGAGCACCUUCGAUGAGUAAUAGAGUAAAGCUUCUUCCAAAAAAAUGGGAUUUUGUGCUAUUAUCAACUUAUGAACACUCUUUAUAAACUUUAGAUGAGUUUUCUCUCUAUCAAUGCUCCUCUAAAACAAUUUGUAUUACUUUUUGUUGUUGAACACUCUAUUUUUAUUGUAUUGUUGUUUUUCAGAUACCUCUCUCUCUCUCUCUCAUUUUUCUUCUAUGAAUUGAAAUACUGUUAGGUUUAGAGCACCUCUGUAUAUAAUAUGUCGUUUAGAUGGAAAAAUUCAAAUCGUUUGUAUAAUAAAGUAUUUGAAGUUUUGUUCUAUUAGAGUUGUCACCUCUAGUUGUCAUAGUGAUGUAUACAUAUUAAUGUUGGAUUGAGUUGUCAUAGUGAUGUAUGAUGUAUCCC